CGGGCCACUGGCUACCACUAGCAGCCUGGCACUAUGACCAAUAUUUUAAUAAAUACCCCUUUUUUACUACUAUCUGACUCCUGAAUAAAUCAGAGGCAGAGGAUACGUUUCCGCCGUCGAAACAAAUUUUGGAAAACCUCAACUCUCUCUCUCUUUCUCUCUCUGCAAUGGACGGAAGCAACAAGGAGCCGCUUCUCCGGCCGAGGCACGAAGAAGAAGAACAAGAAGACGUAGACCAGAAGGGGCUUCCGCCGCCGACCCUUCUGGCGCAGUACUCCACCAGUUCCUUCUACGCCUCCUUCAUCGCCGACGAGCACGACAUCAAGCCCAUCAACGGCACCAAGGACUUCUUCAGGGAGUUCUUCACCGAGUCCAAGAAGCUUUGGUACCUCGCCACCCCCGCCAUCUUCACCUCCCUCUGCCAGUACUCACUCGGCGCCGUCACCCAGGUCUUCGCCGGCCACCUCGGCACCAUUGCUCUCGCUGCUGUCUCCGUUGGAACCUCGGUCAUUUCCGGGUUCGCCUUCGGCCUCCUGAUGGGAAUGGGGAGCGCUUUAGAAACGCUCUGCGGCCAAGCUUUCGGAGCAGGGCAGGUGGACAUGCUGGGAAUAUAUAUGCAGAGAUCAUGGGUUAUCCUGAUCACAACCUGCUUGUUGUUGAUGUUUCUGUACAUUUUCUCGACGCCGAUACUGCUGUUGAUCGGCCAGGAGCCAGAGAUUUCAAGGGCAGCCGGAAUGUUCUCGGUGUCGAUGAUUCCGCAGCUGUUCGCCUACGCGAUGGUCUUCCCGCUGGCCAAAUUCCUGCAGGCGCAGAGCAAGAUGCUGGCCAUGGCGGUGAUCGCGGCGGUGGCGCUGGUCUUGCACACGUUUUUCAGCUGGUUUUUCAUGAUGAAGUUGGGGUGGGGGCUGGCCGGAGCGGCGGCGGUGCUCGACACCUCGUGGUGGUUCAUAGUGGUGGCUCAGCUGCUGUAUAUUCUGAGCGGGACCUGUGGGCAGGCUUGGACUGGAUUUUCAUGGAUGGCCUUUCAUGAUCUCUGGGGAUUUGUCAGGCUUUCCCUCGCUUCAGCCAUUAUGCUCUGCUUGGAGUUCUGGUAUUUCAUGGCGUUGAUUCUCUUUGCCGGGUACUUAAAGAAUGCAGAGCUUGCUGUGGAUGCCUUGUCCAUCUGCAUGAACAUAUUGGGUUGGGCAGUGAUGAUUGCUCUGGGAUUCAAUGCAGCCAUAAGCGUAAGGGUGUCCAAUGAGCUCGGUGCUGCACAUCCAAGAACUGCAAGGUUCUCGGUUGUGGUGGCGACCAUAAUGUCCUUCCUUGUCGGCCUCUUUCUGGCGAUGAUUCUUGUUAUCUUUCGAUACAAGUACCCAGCCUUGUUUUCAAGCAGCCUGGAAGUUCAGGACCUUGUGUACGAGCUCACACCAUUGCUAGCGGUGAGCAUCGUAAUCAACAGCGUUCAGCCCACUCUAUCAGGAGUGGCCAUUGGAGCAGGGUGGCAAGCAUAUGUUGCCUAUGUGAACAUAGGCAGCUACUAUUUGUUCGGAAUUCCCUUUGGUAUCAUAGCCGGCUACGUCUUGGACAUGGGUGUCAGGGGUAUUUGGUACGGGAUGCUGUCGGGAACGAUCCUACAAACGUGCAUAUUAUUUUGGAUGGUUUAUCGAACCAACUGGAAGAAAGAGGCUUCGAUCGCCGGGGACAGGAUCAAGCAAUGGGGAGGAGAAACGCAUCCACGAAAGAGCCAGAAGAAUGCUGACUGAUGAAGCAAGGGUGGUGAAGUAGUAGAGGAGGAGGAGGUCAGCCAAGGAAACAGUUUUGGCAAUUGAAGAAAUGAAGAAGGGUCGUUGUUGGAUCGGGUCGGGUCGGUCAAUUAUAUAUAUGCUUCUCCUAGAUAGAAUGCACUGCUUCCAGCAAAAUAAAGCAGAAAAAUACAUAGGCUUGUUGGAGGUUUUGUAUUUCUGGCUGGGAGCGUUGCGUUGGAUUCAUUUUGCAAUUGAAGUUGUUAUUCUUUCAUAUAUAGCUCUCUCAUCUCCUGAUUCAAUCCUCAUUCUAUUUAUUUAUUUAUUUAAAUCCUA